UAAUUCCUUUGACAAAAAAAAAAAAAAAAGAUAGACAAAGAGAGGGAGAGAGAGAGAAUGAAAGAGAAUAAUUGAGAGGGAUAAAUUAUCAGGGCAUGUGUGUGUUUCUUGGCACUACCCAUUUUUAUCAUUUCCCUUGACCCUUCUUAUUUAGAUCCAUCUCUUCUCUCUUUUCCCAUUCCUCACCUCCCUUUAUUUUCCCUUUUCCUUUCUGUCCUUGGGAUCUGAUCUCUCUCACUCUUCCCCUUGCGACAACUAGUGGACAAGUUCUUGACUCUACAAAGUGUUAGGGUGGUCGAGGGAGUUUCAGUUCAAUUCCCGAGGGUUAUAACUUUUCAUUGCACAUAUACACCCACCUUUAUCUUGGUUUCUUUCUUUGUUUUCUUUCUGCGGUUGUCUUUCUUUCUGUGUUUUUGUUUUUGUCUGGUUCAAAUAUUGUGUCCUUGCAAAAGUUAAAAGAGAGAGUGAACAAAAAAGUUAGCUUAAAGUUUCUUAGCUUUAACAUACACACGAGGCUGGUUUUCAAUCAGAUCUCUGACGAUUAAGAGAGAAUUGUCAAGCUUUGUUCUAUCGUUUUGAUCAGUUUUUUCUGUGGAGAAUAUGAAUACCUUUUCACACGUUCCCCCAGGCUUUAGGUUCCAUCCCACAGAUGAAGAACUUGUUGAUUAUUACCUCAGAAAAAAGGUUGCUUCGAAAAGGAUAGAUCUGGAUGUCAUUAAAGAUGUUGAUCUUUAUAAAAUUGAACCAUGGGAUCUUCAAGAAUUGUGCAGAAUAGGAACUGAGGAGCAGAAUGAAUGGUACUUCUUUAGCCACAAAGAUAAGAAGUAUCCAACAGGUACUCGCACUAAUAGAGCAACAAAAGCAGGAUUUUGGAAAGCUACUGGAAGAGACAAGGCUAUUUACUCCAGACAUUGCCUUAUUGGCAUGAGAAAAACCCUUGUCUUCUACAAAGGACGAGCACCCAAUGGACAAAAAUCAGAUUGGAUUAUGCAUGAAUAUCGACUAGAAACAAAUGAAAAUGGAACUCCUCAGGAAGAAGGAUGGGUGGUUUGUAGGGUGUUCAAGAAGCGAAUGACAACAGUGAGAAAAGUGGGUGAAUAUGAAUCUUCAUGUUGGUACAAUGACCAGGUCUCAUUCAUGCAGGAACUUGAAUCCCCAAGGAGAAUUCCUCAGCCUUAUGCAUCAUACCAUCACCAUUAUCCCUGCAAGCAAGAGCUUGAGUUGCAAUACAAUUUGCCUCAUGACCCUUUUCUUCAGCUCCCUCAGUUGGAAAGCCCCAAAGUUCCACAAUCUGCUGCUAGUGUAAGCUGCAACUCGGUUUUUCCUUAUGGCACUUAUGAUAGGAACAAUGGAAGCACUUUGCAGUCCUCAACCCUCACACAAGAAGAGCACAUGCAACAAGGGCAUCAGAAAAAUCUGAACUCGCUUGAUAACAACAGUACUGAACAAGCUGUGGAUCAAGUAACAGAUUGGCGAGUUCUUGACAAAUUUGUUGCCUUUCAGCUCAGCCAUGAGGAAGCUUCCAAGGAAAGCAACUAUUCCAGUGCAGCCGCCAGCUUUCAUGUGGCUGAACAAAUGAAUUUGCUAGCCAAAGAAUCCAGAAGGCCAGAAAUUGCUCAUCAGGAAUAUGCCUCCACAUCCACUGGUUGUGAAAUUGAUCUGUGGAAGUGAAAGCAUAUUCUAGCACUUAGAGCAUACAUACUAAUUAUAGGAAGCAUACUUAUAAGAAAAAAUGUCUUCAAUCCAGGUUGCUGUACAUAAUAAAACUAUAUAAUGGUAUUGCAUCAGCCAUGGGACUGCUGGUGUCCGUAAUUUGUAUUGAUUAAUACUAGGCAUGUAGUUAUUGUUAGAUGAACAUUGUGCAAUAUAAAACUAAAAAUGAAUUAGUAUUUUAAGGAGGACUAAGGCCGAGUGCUCUUUGGGACUGACUCGGCCUAAUAUCGAAUGUAUUUGGAGCUUAAUAUAAAUAUGAAGGGUUUCUUUAUUGUACUCUUUGUUCUUCUUAGAUCAUUCAUGUUUUCGACU